CUAUAUACAUACAGUAGUGCGGGACGGCGCGCAAUAUAGAGAUAAAACGGCUUGCUCUGCCGAGAGAGAUCCGCUCGCUCGGCUAGCUGCUACCUACUAUAUACGCUCGCACUCUCGCGCGCGCGCGCGCGACGGCCAUCUUUGUCAAGUGGCUAUAACCUUUGUUGAUUUCAGUGAAAUGUGACGUCGCCGCGGCGAAAAGUAGUGUGUCCGUUCUCGGUGUGCCAUCGUUUAUUAGUCUCAGCUUAUGCUUACGCGACCACGGCUCGGAUUCACCGCGACUACAGUGCGGCUCGACGUGUACAGUGUUCGAAUACAUAAAUAACGUACAACACAUCGAGUACACAGCUAUGCGAGAGAACCGGAGGAGAGAAGAGGUGGAGGCGCAGCAGCAGCAGCAGCAGCCGCAGCCGCAACAGCAGUAGUACCCAUGUACAUAUACGCGCGCGCGUGUACGUGUGUGUAUAAAGUAUCGCGAAAGAGAGAGACGGAGAGAAAGUCGUCCAUCUAGCUCCUCUGGCGGGCCAGCAGUGUCGUCGUGAGGCGAUUUCUCUCUCUCUCUCUCUCUCUCUCUCUCUCUCUCUCUCUCUCUCUCUCUCCCACUGUACACAACAAGACACGAUCGCCACGGACGGGAUAUCUGUGUUACGUCUCCGGAGCGCGGAGUGAUAGAUGUAUGCGUGCAUGUGCCGCCGCCGCCGCCGCCGCCGCCGCCACCGCUGCUGCUGAGUGUGUCUCCGUGCCAGGGAGCAGCAGCGCUAAGAGUGAGAGAGAGAAAGAGACAAGAGUGCGCUAAUAAGAAAAUUUCUCGCGCGAGCUCGUUAUACGUGAGUGAGACUCUCCGCGUAUACUGUAAUAUCCAGUGGCUGCUGCAUCAAGGGACCUUGGCAGCAGCGGUUCGCACGAGGAGAUUUCGGAGCAGGCAAAAAUCAACCUGGCCUCAUCAGCUGGACGGUCAGCAGCAUCAGCAGCAGCAUCGGCAGCCGGCAACAGGCUCGGCCAUGUGAAUGCGGGCCCCCGUAAUAGCGGGGGACUCCUGGAGUCAGCUGCUGCGUCCUGAACGAGAUCGUUGCAGCAGAGGAGCAGCAGCAGCGUCAUGGAGGAGCCGGACCCCGAGACCUGGACCGCCUGGUUCCUCGAUGCGAUCCGCAAGAUCCGAAGUCAGAAGCAACGGCCAAGCGUCGAGCGCAUCGCUCACGCGAUUCGGCUGCAGCACGACUAUCACGAGGAGGUCAUCGCCGAGAACCUACAGCUCGCCGUCAAACGGGGCGAUGUGCUCAAGCUCUUCAACAAGGGACAGUCGUCCUACAAGGACCCGGGAGGUCUGCAGUCGAAGCCGCUGAAGGUGAGCCGUACGAGCGACCUAUGCAAGGUCAUCAUCAAGGCGGUGCGUGAGUUGGGCGAGCGAGACGGUUCGAAUCUCAAGAACAUCGAGAAGUACGUGAGGCAGAGCCACAGCGUCGAUGAGGAGCAGGAGGGCGAUCUCAGGACGGCCCUGAGACUCUCUGCCAAGCGAGCAGUCGACAGGGGCCUGGUGCUGCAAGAGGGCAGGCUCUUCAGGCAGCCCGAUCGGCCCAUUCAUCUCGCCAAGAAGUUCAACGCCGAGCGCGAGCACAACGAUAGCCUCACGCCCAAGCUCCCAGCGCCACUGCCGAUAUGCAAGGAGUGCCUGGGCGCGACGGCCGCCGGCCCGAACAACAACAAGCGCAACAGCAGCGGAGGCGCGACGACCCCGAGCUCGCAGGGCUCGAUCAACUCGCAGGCCUCGACGGAGAAGAGCCUGAGCCGAUGCAGCGUGUGCGGCGCGGCCCUGCACACGUCCUGCGCCCCACCGGAGCUGGCGGUGCUGAUCGAGCGAGGCGCCAGCUGGUCCUGCGACGACUGCUCGAGCACCUGCGCCGGCUGCCAGGAGGAGCGAGAGUCUCAGAGCUACCUGGUCAAGUGCGCCGGCUGCCCCAAGUGCUAUCACCCCGGCUGCCUCGAGCCCGCGCUCGACAAGCGGAGCAAGGCUCCCUGGAGGUGUCGACACUGUCAGACCACGCACCAGCAGCCCGACGCUGCCGGGAAGAAGCUCGCCGAGGCCAAGCAGCCGCUCGCGAGCACGCCCACCAGCGCCAGGAAGAGGCUGAGUAACAUCAGGGAGAACAGAAAGUCAAUGGCAUCCAGCAGAAAGAGCACGUCUUUGACGGCGGGCUCUGCUGCAGCUGCUGCGACGACGCCGACAUCGACGACGGCCGCGAGCACGCCAUCGGGAAAGAAGAGCAGUCCGUCGCAGGCUCAGGUGGACAGCAGCUCGGACGGUAAUGCGGGUGUUGUCUCCCCUCGUCAACCGAACCCCCUUUCCUCAUCCCACAGCCCCAACCAUCAUUCCCUUCCACACCACCACCAUCACGUACAAAGCACCGGCCAGGGUGGCGGUGGCGGCGGCAGGCUGCUCGAGGAGAAGAACGACCGAAUCUCCAAGGAGAAGCAAAAGUUCUUCAGGCUCAGUGUCUUCAACGCCAAGCACAACAAGCUCAAGCGAGCCGCUGCCGCCGCGGCCAACACCAGCAGCAGUAGCAGCAAUACCAGUCACGUCUCCCCGGACAAGGCCAGCAAGGCUCUCGUGGCGGAGGACAACCCUACGAGGUCGUCCCGGAACACCGGCAGCAACGCCUCUUCUUCGAAGAAGUCCGUAGCGAGCGCGAAUCGAAGGGUGCCUCCGCUGCCCAGUCAGAGCGAGGACGAGGACGAGGUCGAGGACGACGACGACGACGACGACGACGACGACGACGACGACGAAGAGUCGGGUGCCGAUGAGAAGGUUCAGGAGGAAGAGGAGGAGGACGACGAUGACGAGUGCUCGAGCACGUCGAGCGACGACGACAACUACACCUCCUGCGAGGAGGAACUGCCGGCAUCGGACCAUCGCCUGAGGAUGGUCCAACCGACCAGCAAACCUCCUCCCCCUUUGCCUCCCCCGCCUUCCUCGAGUUCGUCGUCUGCGAACAGAGCCCCCGGCAAAACAAGCGGAAACUCGAAGGGACCUUUCGCUUGCGACCUCAAUGAGGACAGACCCUGGGGCUUUGCCGCGGCGGCGGCAAAGCUCAGCGUCGACAGCAGUCCCUUCUUCAGCAACAUAACGAACACGUUCGGUGCUACGCUACCCAAGCUCGACGUGGCGAUCAGCGCCGACAAGCCAAGCUUCGGCCUCUGCAUCGAGCCCGCGAUAGUGCCGGCGUCCACGAUGGCUGCAGGCAGCAAAAAGGAACAAAAGAGCAACGAGAGCAAGAAGCCAGUCGCCGCUACUCCCGCUACCACGAUUAGCAAGAGUACGACAAGCACGAAAGAGACUCAGCCGGCACCGCAGCCGCAGCAGAGGCCGAAGCCUGGUAGUGGACAGUUGAGGAGCCUCUACGAUGGCUUGAGUCACUUUUUCGCCGCGUCGGGCAAGAGCACGAGCAGAGCAAAGCCUGGAGCACCGCCGCCCAACUACGCGCCCGAUCGCCGAAAAAGGCAGCACGCUGCCGAAAAGGACGCGGACAGUAAAACGACGGCGGUGGCGCAGCCCAAGGCGCCCAAGCUCGUGGCCCCGAAGCAAACCGCCGCCGCUUCUACGGCAGCCUCGUCUACGCGGAGCGCGAGCGAUGGGCCCACGAGGGGUAAAAAGGAACUCGCCAAAGUCACGAGAGUUCCGAGACCCGGCAUCUUCACGCCCUCGGAAGAAAGCAGCAGCAGCAGCAGCUGCCUCUACACACUAACGGGCGAGAAGCCCUCAAAAAUGACGCCGUCGAACCUCGUCAAGACGGCCGUCAACAGCAAGCGACACGAGCAGGAGAGGCGACGACUACGCGGCAUCGACGGCGCAUCCCUCGUCAAGUGCGCCGCCACCGACGCCCGCCGAAGACAACAGCAGCAAGAUCAGCAACCGCAGCAGCAGGAGAGCACGAGAAGAAGGCCAGAGGGCAAUAAUCGCCACCACCCUGAGAUGGCCGGUGGUACGUCAACUAACGCUGCUGUCCCAGCGACAGCGGCGAGCGCGUCGUCUACGACGACGACGACGACAACGACGACGACAACGUCGACGACCUCUUCUACCUCCUCUACCGUUCCUAAGACUAAUCCUAGCCAACUCAAGUCCGCUCCACGAGCCUGUACUAGCGCCACUACCACCACCAACACCACCACCAACACCACGACACCCCGCGCGACACCCUGCUCCAACAGGAAGGAGGAGCUGGUGUUGCCGCAGACCCUACCACCAGGUGUCACGCAGAAGGAUGUGGAGCUGUUCAAGGACACACGCGACCGGGCCAACCGGCUCACGUUGCAGCAGAGCGCGAGCGAGACGCGCGACGAACAGGAUGAGAAUCUGCAACCUGUGAUGGUCAGCCCUGGUGGCACCGGUACCCGCAACCCUGCCGCCAUCGUCUUCGGUCGCUACGAGGUCGAGACCUGGUACUCCAGUCCUUUUCCGCAGGAAUACGCCAGGUUGCCCAAGCUAUUCUUCUGUGAAUUCUGUCUCAAGUACACUAAGAGCCGGGCUGUUCUCGACAGGCACAUGGACAAGUGCCAGUGGAGGCAUCCGCCUGCCACCGAGAUCUACCGCUGCAAUGGAUUAUCAGUAUUCGAGAUUGACGGCAAUGUCAACAAGAUUUAUUGUCAAAACCUGUGCCUAUUAGCUAAACUAUUCCUUGACCACAAGACCCUUUACUACGACGUCGAGCCGUUCCUCUUCUAUGCCGUAACCAAGAACGAUAAGUACGGUUGUCAUCUGAUUGGCUACUUCAGCAAGGAGAAGCACUGUCCGGCUCAGCGCUACAAUGUCUCUUGCAUUAUGACGUUGCCCCAGUAUCAGCGUCAGGGCUUCGGUCGCUUCUUGAUCGAGUUCAGCUAUCUGCUGUCCAAGGUCGAGGGCAUUCCCGGUACUCCGGAGAAACCGCUGUCGGAUCUCGGACGUGUUUCGUAUCACUCGUUCUGGAAGAGCGUUGUUCUCGAGUACCUAGAUUCUCAUCGCGAGGCCAAGGAGCUUAAGAUCGCCGAGAUUACGAAGGAAACGGGUGUCUCUGGACACGAUAUCGCAACGGCAAUGCAGCUACUGGGUUUCCUGCGUCACGUUCCAAACGGUCCGAACGAUAGUGGCAAGCACCUCGCGGUUCUGGUCGACUGGCGCAAGGUUGACGCUCACAUGGCUAAGGUGCGCAAGAGCACGCGGAUCCAGCUGGAUCCGGAUUGUUUGCGCUGGAUACCAUUGCUCACGCAAUUACCUAACGCCUACCAGUCUCCAGAGGAGGGGGACACGAGCUCAGAAUUGGCCUCACCGGCAUUAGAUCAGCCACCACCAUGUGCCAACAAACCUGUAGCUGCGAUGCCGGAGAAGAUUCAGCGGGUUAAGAUUCGCAAGAAGAUUCGCGGACGAAAAAUGGGUGGCGCACACAGGCGCAUUUCACCUAUAAAGCACAAGACGUCGCCACCGCAGCGGGCAAAGCUGUUAAAAGAGAAAGAACUGAAAGUCGGGGAUAAGAGCUCGGGGCACGUUGCGGAUACCGAAGAAGAUAUCAAAGACGAAACUCUAAACGAGUCCAAGAAUAUCGUAACGACGCCCAAAACCACGCGGACGGGGACUGCAACUACACCUAGAAGUGCUUUAAACUCCAUCGGUUCGCCUAAGACACCGACAACGUCCAACUCCAACUCCAACUCCAACUCUAACAUCACCACGAGUACUCCAGCGGCUCCUCUCUUGUCGUCUAGGCGAAGUGUAAGAACGGCGAUGAAGACCCCGGCGGCGGCAAGUACAGCAACGACGGCUCCAGCUGCGGAAACGCUGACAGCCGUGACAGUCACGCCCCCUCUCAGAAAACGUAAACAUUCCGAAGUGACUGAGUCCGAGGAGAAGGAUGAGAUUGUCAAUAGCAGGAAGAGAACUCGCGAGUCGUGGCGUGAUAAAGAGAAGGAAAAAGAAAAAGAGAAAGAGGUGAAGAAGAAAGAUACCAAGACGGCUACGAAGGAGAAGGAGACUAAGGAAAAACCAAAAUCGGUAGAAAGAGAUAGUCGAGUUAAGGAAAGCGCAAGAUUGAAAGAGCGAGAAGCUGCUGCAGCUGCAAAACAGGAAUCGCCCAGCUCUAGAACACAUCGAACACCACCCAAGGAGUCUGCAACGCUCAAUACUAAUAGUCCUGUAAAGGCUAAGAAGCAAAGCAAGCUGGAUGACAUACUGAUGAAAGUCUCAAAUCAAAAGUCCAAAUUCACGCCAACGCGACAAGCCCGCGAGAAAAGAGCUAGUGCCGCUCAAAACGCCAACACUGAGGAACCCCAACAGAACCAUCGCGGUAGUAAGAAGGAAGCAGCUGCGGAUACUGUCAAAGAAUCACCGGCGUCGACUAGGAGAGGCAGGCCAAAGGUUGACAAGGCAGCAAAAGAUUCAGCGACUGUGUCUGCUGAAUCUGCCAAGUCUGCUGACGAGUUCGUUGACGAACCCAAGGAGGUUAAAGCAUCCAAGAAACAGCUUACUAUUCCUGACAUGUUUUCCUCAGCUACUUCCAACACUACUGCAAGCACCACUGCAUCGAAUGCAAGUCAAGAAGAUGUUGUGGAUAGCAGCAACAAGACAAACUCUAUCGAGGAAAAUUUAACCAUGGCGGCUAUCUCGGCCACCACGGAAAAUGAAGCGCCAAGCGCUAGUCCAGGCGAAUACGAAGGUGGCGACGAGGACGAUGGGGAUGAAGAGGAUUUUGUACCCAGAUCCAAGAUGACUAGUGUCAUACAGUCUCUGGACGCCGCCAUCGAGAAUUCCGAGAAGAACGGCGAACUCGAUGAGAAAGAGACCGCUGUAGGCCCGAGCGAAGAAAAUGGUGUAUCUUGCAAUAACACGGAGAUGGCUGAACCGGAGGCUCCUGAAAACAAUGCCAUGGAAAUGGAAGAGCCUGUUAAUAGUUUAGAAAAAAGUGAAGAAGCCUUGCCAGCGUCAGAUCAAAUGAGCAUCGAUAAAUCCAUGGGAGAAGAAAUACUUGCAAAUAGCACCAGUUGCAAUGAGGAAAUUAUCGGCGAUAAGAUGGAAAAGGAAUCGAUGUCCGUUGACAAGAGCCAACAGUUGAUGGAUGAUCGCAUGUCGGAGAGUCGCGUGGUUGAACCAACGCAUAGUCCGAUGGAGACUAAGAUGGAGAGCAUGCCGUCCAUACCAAGCGAUAACAGAGAUCAACAGCAACAGCAGCAUUACGCUCCUCCAGUUAGUCAUCCAAGCGUUAUCGAGACGGGCGAGAGCCAGCUGCAGCAACAACAGCAACAAUUGCAUCAACCAGUAAUUAUGCCACAAGAGAAAGUAUUACCAGUAGUUACUGAACAACAACACCAUCAUCACGAGACGACACAGGUGCACUCACAGCCCGAGGAGAAGCUGCAUUCUCCAGAGGAGAGUGGUAAGACAACGCCGCAUCCGGAAAAUCCAGGUUCUGUCAAGCGUACACCACCUUCGCAACCGGAUCUUCCCUCUAUGGGCGUAUACACACCAGAUUCUACGACAAACUCCGUGCACUCUUUGCACUAUGGUCAGUGCGACCUGGACGUCAGUCAAUUAGGUCUAGAAUCGCCGACGUCGAUAGCAAGCGAUCUUGCCUCGCAAAACAGCAUCGAGAGACCUCCUAGUGCUUUGCCAACAAUGCCAAGUCAACAGUCAACAGUUUCAGUCACCUCAAUAACGGGAGGACCUAUUCAGAUGAGCGCAGCAGCCGCUGCUCAACAACAGCAACAUCAACAACAACAACAGCAACAACAACAACAACAGGCUGCCGCACAUCCAGUAAAUCUCCAGGCGCAACAGGUGCAGCAACAGCAGCAGCAACAGCAGCAGUACACUGACUGCUCGAUGCCGCAGCAUGUGGCUAUUCAGCAACAUCAACAGCAUCAAAUGCAGCACGCUGAUAAGAAUCCUUACCAUCAACAGCAGCCACAUACGCCGCAGCCCCUGCAACAGCCGCGAACUCCCCAGUCGCACACUCCACAGAGCUUACCAACACAUAGUCCGCAGCCAAUGCCUCAGCAGUCGCAUACUCCACAACCGCUGUCUCAGCCUCAUACACCACAACCUAUACAAACUCACACACCUCAGCCAAUGCCUGCUCAGUGCCACACGCCGCAGCCUUUGACGCCUCAACCACAACUGUCCAUUGCGCAACAGCAACAACAGCAGCAGACAAAUCAUCGAAACAGUCUUGUGCACGCUCAUAACCAGCAACAGGCCCAACAGCAGGCCCAGCAGCAGGCACAUCAGCAGGCACAGCAGCAAGCGCAGCAGCAGGCGCAACAACAGGCGCAACAACAGGCGCAACAACAAGCGCAACAACAGGCUCAACAGCAGGCGCAACAACAAGCGCAACAGGCGGCACACCAACAGCAACAAGCGCAUUCGCACAGCAGUAAAAGAACUAGUGGUUCACAAUCUUCUCAUAGAUCGCGGUCUGCCCAGCAAGGUAGCAGCAGUAGCAGUAGAUCGCAUCGAAAUACACCUCCUGCUUCGCAAACUCAGAGCAGCAGUCAACACGCCACAUUAGCAGCAGUUUCUCACAAUAGUCAUCUACCGCCUCAGUACCAGCAGACAAUGGCAAUGUCAGUGCCUGGAAUGAGCCAUCCGCACUCCCAUCCAAGUCACACGGCGCAUUCGCAUAACAUGGCCGUGAUCUCGCAAGGUGGCAAUUACAUGGCAGUCUCACAAGCUAUGGCUUUCCCCGCGCAAAAUACUUAUGUCAUCCAACAUCGAGGUAGUCGUUCAGGCUCGCAUACGCCCUGCACCACCGCAACGAACUUCUACAUUCAAACAGCACCAAUGCCGCAUUCGCAUACACCAACGCCGGCGACCUUGAGCACUGCACCUGGACCAGCCAGUGGUGGCGGUAACACCACGACCAAUCAUCAGACUCCCAACAGCUGUAGUCUGGCGAAGCUCCAACAGCUAACCAAUGGAUUGGAGAUGACACCACCAACGCCGCCUCAGGCGAUGAAUCUGACCCCGCCGCCGCCCAUACCACACACGAUGACGCCACCACAGCCUUCUAGGCAGCUAUCGACACCACCUCAAGUGCCGCUGAGUUACACUAAAAAUUACUACAACGCUGUGAAUGCUGUGCCACCACCGCCUGGUACACCUGGACCCCCACCACCCAGUCGGUCUACCUCCAGGUCGUCGGCAAGCGCCUCUAUGACACCGAUCCCUCAAUCUUAUACCAGCGAAAGUCUCUACAGACAAACGCUGGAUCCCAGUGGUAGCUGUCCACAGAUGCAGAGCGCGGCAAGUCGCGUAAGUCCGAACGUUGCCAUAAACACAAACCUCAUGGCAGCGCAAGCAGCUUACGGUUACAGGGUUGCUCAGCCUACUACUGGUUACAUGAAUCAGGCCGCGGCUCAACUCGGAGGUUUUAUGAACCAAGCCAGUCAAUUGCCUGUCGGCGUCGUAAAUGUUGCUGCACCUUAUGCUCAAGAUCCUCACCAGCAGAACCCUACAGCCGUUUACACAACUCAUUAUGGUUACAUUAAUAGCGGAUUGAUGCAGCCUCUCAAUGGCACGAUGCGACCGCGCUAGCAGCAAUCCGAUCCUUAGGAUACAGUCGUAGGCGCGAGGCAACGUCGAAAUUCCUCCGCCAGCUCUGCUUUCGUCGUGCCACCUGCGAGAUAUGCAGAUAAAGGCGCCGAUGUUGUUGGGCUUCCUUGAGCGAUGAUCUUCCUGUAUCGCGCGGCAGUCUUCGUUCUUCUAUACCGAUGGACAGCGAAGACUCUUGGCGUUGUCUUUGAAUUUAUUGUUUAUUUUUUAUUCAUUGAUUCAAAGUAUCUUUAAUUUUUUUAAGCUCUACGCAGCGUUACGAUUUUAAUGUUAAGUUGUUCCUAUAAUUAGUAGGGACGAUGUGACUUUUGUAUUGCGUAAUUAAACAAGCGAGCACGUGUGCAUUUUAAAAUUUUUUUUUUUAUGCAAGCUAGAUGGAUGUUUCUCUUGUUGAGCGCGUUUUACUUUGAAGAAAUGACGAUCUGUCAAUGCGUAAAAAUUUGCGUAACAGUAUUUCAAACUCUCCCAUAACUUUGAAUUUUAGUCAAGACCAAGAAUACCUGCAAAGACGAUGUAAUGUGGGUGUAAAAGAGAUGCGAAAUAAAAUUUGAUCGUCGCGUUUUACCGACGCUCUCUUAUCCCUACGGUUAUAGAUAAAUAUAGUGAUAAUACGAGGUACAAGUUGAACUCGAUCCCGAUGGAUCGGGGCCCGGAUUAAACGAUGAUCAACGUAUGCGGACAUGGAGCGCGAGCGAAGCAAAGCAGAAACAAAACCCAAAAGUGAGCGUUGGAUUUUUAAGGAUGUGCACUCGUGCAUUUACGUAAAGUAACGGCGUGUACUGUCUUGCGCGUGAAUUUGUGAGUGUGUUAAAGCGGCGGGACAGAAAAAUGUGGAUCGAAAAACAAUGUGAAGUGAGAAUAAUUAAUAAGAGAUACGGACUCUUACGCGAAUUCGGCAGUUUCUCAAUACAUUAGGGCAUUUCCAUCGAUUUCCCUCCCAACUUACAGUGUUACGUUUUAUGUAUGAUAAUAUUUAUAUAAAGAUGAUGAAAAAAAUACUUACAAUAAUAUUCUGUUUGAUAUUAUCCAAUUGUUGAACGUUGUUGUUUACGUUUUACUGGGCACGCUGUACUUUACUGUAUUAUACGAGUGAAUUGCAUAUAAGUUGCUACUGCAGUGAUAAUGAUGAUAAUAAUAAUAAUGAUUAGUAGUGUUAUUAUUAUUAUGUAUCGUCAUCAUUAUUUUUAUUAUUGCUAUAGAGGUAAAGUGAGGAAGAAUUUCGCAGCGUACACAUAGAGAAUACACGAAUAGCACAUGCGCGCAGACACAUUUAUUAAUUUUUACUUGUAUAAUCGACAACACAUUACCCUUAUUUCCUCUUUUUCCAUACCCUAAAAUCAUUUAAUUUCAUAAACAUUCUCACCCAGUCCCAUCUUUUUUCCUUUACUUAUUGUUUCUAAUUCUCUUCCUUUCUUUUUUUUACACAGUUGUAUGAAUACCUAACGCAUAUAUCAUUUUUUUAUUACUUCUAUGUAGGCGAUGCGAGAGUGCACACGUUAGUUACGAUGAAAUGGAAAUAAGAAAAAAGUAAAUAAUAUAUGUAUAUAUACAUAAUAAAUUGAUCAUUGAUUCGUCAUGCUGUUCUGCAAACUGUCAUGCGGGCUAUACAAGCUACAAAUGAAAUAAGAAAAAAACAAAUUAUUUUUUGUAUUAGAAUUGCGGGAGGAAUGAACGAUAGAGAGGAACGUGAUGAGCGUAUGAUGAGAGUGAGGGUAAAACGAGAAAGAGUGAUAUAUAUCUGAUGAAAGAUAAAAAGAUGCCUACUUUGCACUGUCGAGCUCUGAGAAAAAAAACUAAACGUCUAUUCGUGCUCGCGAUGGUGUACGACUUUGCUCUUAAAAAUUCCCGUGACACUUUGUGGAACGGUCACAAAAAUAUAAUAUAUAUAAAUAAUAUAAAUAUAUAUAUAUAUAUUAUUAUAUAUUUAUAUGAAUCAUAGUAUACAGUACACUCGAGUUACGAGUCAAAGCUUUUUUUUCAGAAACGAUGAGUACAGAGUAAAUGCGAGAGAGCGUGAAAGAGUAAGAGCGAGCGCAGUGCUAGUUUUUAGUGUAACUUGUAAACCACAAGGAAGGUCUUUAAGAAUAUAGUGUAAAAAUACAUCAAUAUUUAUUGUACAUAGAUAUAAAAAAGCUACUAACAAAUAAAAAUGAAAUCGUAAAAUUA